AUGAAAAUUAGGAUUCGUGUCAUCGUGGGGAUCAUGAUGUUCCUGGGGUAUUACAUAAUGUACAUCGUCCGGUACAAUUUGAGCGUGCACAUAUUGGACAUGACUCAGAUGAAGAAAAGAGUAUAUCUAUAUAAUGGAAGUGAAAUUACAGCGCGUGCUACUGGCACUAGAGGUGGUGUGAUAAACCUCAUAAAUCUGAAUAGCCUCAAAAUUUCAACUAUAUUUUGCGCGUACCACGUGGGAUAUGUCAUAUGUUUUCCUAUAUUCCACACCAGAGGAGAUAAACUUGGUCCAACAUUGGUGGUAGGCAUCGCUGGUUUGACAUCGGGAAUGUUGAACUGUCUCACGCCCGCUGCUGCAUACUUCCAUUUCUGGGCACUAUUUGCCGUUCGGAUCUUGAAGGGAUUCUGUGCUGGAGCAAUGUUACCUAGCAUGGUGCAGUUACUCAGGAAUUGGAUGCCACCCACUGAAAGAAACCACUUCAUGUGGGCAUAUUGUGGUAUAACAAUAGGAACGUUUUCGACCUUCGUAUGUUGCGCAGUGAUAGAAUACUAUUCCAAAUGGCCCAUAGGAUUCUACGUAACUGGCGUCACGCAAAUAAUUUGGGCCGCUCUAUGGAUUUGUAUUAUCACUGAUUAUCCUGCGAAGCAUCCUUUCAUAUCAAAAAGUGAGCUAGAUUAUUUGAACAAGUCUCUUUGUGCUUCGUUUACAAUCAAGUCAAUAAACUCUCAAGCGCCAUGGAAACAAAUAUUAAGAUCUGUGCCAUUUUGGACUCUAUGCAUGUUACACUUUGGUUAUGCGUGGAUGAUUAUCUCCAUAUGUAUUCAUGGUCCUAUGUACUAUUGUAUUGUCGUGCAAUACAGCAUAUACAGUGCGUCUGCACUAACAGCCUUGCCGUUCCUAUUGCGUUUGAUCCUGGGCACAGCACUAAUGCAGCUGUUCCAUCGGUUCAAGAUGAACUCUUCUCCAGAAAGGAUCAGGUCUGCAAGGAGAUAUAUCGUCGUCGUAUCUCACGUACUGCCGGGCCUGCUGGUGGCCAGCACGUGGGUGACGCACCUGGUGCCGGGGCCCAUCCUGCUGACCAUGGCCGUGGCUCUCACUGCUGCCGGCAUGGACCUUACACUUGAACUGUGCUAUGAAUUGUCGCCAACGUAUGCAAACUUAUUGAAUACAGUGAUCAAGAUUAUAGGAAACAUCCCUGGGAUUGUUGUUCCACUUACCGUCGGGAACGUCACUAAUCAAUUUAAUGAAUCUCCAUACGUUUGGAAACAUGUCUGGUGCUUCCACGCUUCAGUGUUAUUACUAAGCGGAAUGGUAUUUCUAAUUUGGGGAGACACACAUGUACAACCGUGGAAUAGCAUUUAUCAAAGGCCACCCCAUAGUCCUAGAGUAAAACAAAAACCUUCUAUGAUGUCAAACAUUGAUGAAGUGGAUGAAGAUAAUCUAAGCAGACAACAAUCGUACCGACCUAGUAUGGUUUUAAAACCAUUAAAAAUUUUACAACCGAAAUCAUCGAACACAGUUUAA